AUGGAAGGCAGAGUCGAGAACAUGCGCCUCUUGAUUCAACACGGAGCCAACGUGAACACGGUGUGCAGGAAGUCGAAAUACGGAAACGCUCUGAUAUCGAGCUGCGCGCAAGGCAAUUUUGAGGCCAUGAAGCUUUUGCUGAGUGUCAAGGACAUAAUGGUCAACACGGUCGUCAAAACCAGCAAAUACUCGACUGCCCUACUCGCCGCAAUACGGAUGAAAAACAUACGAACCACAAGCUUACUGCUUGAGCAUGUGUCGGUCGACAUUUCAGUGGUUAAAAUGGCCCGUAGGGAAUGGGAAAGAUCCAUUACCAGCCAAACAACUGGUGAUCGAGAGAAUAUUGGAGGUUUAUGCCAGUCUCUGGUCGGGCUUCUCAUUCUCGAGCUUGUCCAUGAGAGACAUAUUUACGAAACCCACACAGCUUCCUCUCCAAGCGGUCAAAGCGGCGCUGUUGAGCCAGCCGCCGCCGAUGAUACAAACGAGGAACCAGAAUUGGGCAAUGACGCCGACUCUGACGGCUACGGAAGCGACACGAAUUCCACAGUCUACACCUGGGGGAGUGAGGGUAGUCAGGAUGGCAAAAGUGAAGGUUGGCAGAGUAAUGAAGAUAGCGACGAUUCCCAGGCCAGUGAUGUCCUCGACGACAUAGAUGGUCAAACGGAGAUGGAUUUCUCUGGGGCCAGUGACACUGCUGAGAUCGCCGUUGAAGUGGAGGUGGAGGAAGAAGAAACGUCCCAUUUCUAUGAAUCAGAAUCAGUGGAGGACUGGGAUCGCGUCGCAGAAACAGGUACCAUGUGCCUCCAGAAGCUGGGAAUAGCGAUGCAAACGUGCACGGUCGAAACGCGCUGGGAGUUGACCCGCGCGUUCGGGUUCAGCGACUACAGCGUCAGCGCGUGGACGGAUCUUUUAGUUCUCGCCGAGGAGGUGGAGAUCGAGGGCGCCUCAGACAGUCGCAUCGCCGACCUCGCAGAUGCAAACGUGGAGAUUGGCUCAUCGUCAGAGGAGGAAGAGGAGGGAGUUGAUGAGGAGCCAUAUAUGACAGCGCCGGAAGAUGAGGAACCAUCAGGAGAGGGGAUCGGGGAUUGGGUAUGGGUGGACGAGGAGCAAGACGUUAAUGAGGAGCCUUAUCAAUCAGAGCAAGAGGAGGAGGAACCACCGGAAGAAGCAGGUCAAGGAUUCGACGGAGAGCCAUAUAUACCGGAGCCGGAGCCGGAGGAAUGGGUAGACGAGGAGCAAGAGGUUAACGAUGGGCCUUAUCUAUCAGAGCAAGAGAAGGAUGAAUCAGAAGAAGAAGAAGGCCGGGGAUUUGACGAGGAGCCAUAUCUACCAGAGCCGGAGCCGGAGGAAUGGGUGGACGAGGAGCAAGACGUUAACGAGGAGCCUUAUCUAUCAGAGCAUGAGAAGGAUGAAUCGCCGGAAGAAGAAGACCAGGGGCUCGACGAGGAGCCUUAUCUACCAGACCCAAAGACAGAGGAGUGGCUGGGAGAGGAAAGUCACGAAUUUGAUGAGGAUUCUUACCUACCCGAGUUGCAAGGGGAAGAAUCGUCGGGAGACGAAGAUGAGGAAUCUGAUGACGAAUCGUCAGAAGAAGAAGACCAGGAAUAUUCUGGGGAACUUUAUCAACCAGAGUCAGGGGCGGAACAAUGGCCGGGAGAAGGAGGUCAGGAAUACGAUGGGCAGUCUUAUCAAUCAGAGCCGGAGGCAGAUGAGUCGUCGGGAGAAGAAGAUGAGGAAUCGGAUGAGGAAUCGUCGGAAGACGAAGGACAGCAAUAUUAUGGACAGUCUUACCAGCCGGAACCGGGAGUAGAGCAAUGGUCGGAAGCAGCGGACCAGCAAUAUUACGGACAGUCUUACCAGCAACAGCCGGAGGCGGAGGUCUCGUCUGAAGAGGAAGACGGGGAUUCUGAUGAGGAUUCGUCGGAGGAUGAAGGACAGCAAUAUUACGGAGAGCCUUACCAGCCAGAGCCGGAGGCGGAGCAAUGGUCGAGAGGAGGAGGCCAGGAAUAUUAUGGACAGUCUUAUCAACCAGAGAUGGGGGAGGAGGAAUCGGAGGAGGAUGAAGGACAGCAAUAUUAUGGAGAGUCUUACCAACCAGAGAUGGAGGAGGAGGAGGAAUCAGAAGAGGAAGGAUUGUGGUAG